GUGACACUUCCGUGGCGGCGUGCCCUGUCUGAACCUGGGCGCCCGGCGGCGGCUGCAUGGCUGCGGGUUUUCCUUGCGGCACCUCGGGUAAGGAUGGGGCUCAGACGGCUUGUGUCCCUCUGUCAGAGUGUGCCCGCCAGCGCGGCCUUCUCUAGUCCCCAACCGGCCUCGACGGUGAGGGUAGUCCGAUGCGAACCCCUCGCCGCCGUCCUCUGGUAGCCUCUGCCCCUUGGCUAGCCCUAGGGACGGGGCCUGGUUAGAAGGCCGUAGGUUCGACGUGGAAAGGUGCCGGCCUUUCCGCUGCUCGCCUUGCCCGAGACUCGGGGUGGCGUAACCCGGUGGUACCACCUCGUCAGCUCUGCGCAGGGUCUCCAGCUCAUGUCGGAUCACUGAACUGUAGGUUUGGUUCUGCAUGCCAUUUUCUAAACUGAGCCAGGUCCUCUUCUACUCUCAAUGUGGAGACAAUGCCCAAGCUGCAGGGCUUUGAGUUCUGGAGCCACACCCUGGGAGGGGCCCGGCACGUGGUGGCACCCAUGGUGGACCAGAGUGAGCUAGCCUGGAGACUGCUGAGCCGCCGCCAUGGAGCCCAGCUCUGCUACACCCCCAUGCUGCAUGCCCAGGUCUUCGUUCGAGAUGCUAACUACAGGAAAGAGAAUCUGUACUGUGAAGUGUGCCCCGAGGACCGACCCCUCAUUGUGCAGUUCUGUGCCAAUGACCCAGAGGUGUUUGUCCAGGCGGCUCUCCUGGCACAGGAUUACUGUGAUGCUAUUGACCUGAACUUGGGCUGCCCACAGAUGAUAGCCAAGAGAGGUCACUAUGGUGCCUUUCUACAGGAAGAGUGGGACCUACUCCAGAGAAUGAUUAUGCUGGCCCAUGAGAAACUCUCCGUUCCUGUCACAUGCAAAAUCCGUGUCUUCCCAGAGAUUGACAAGACUGUGAGGUACGCCCAGAUGCUGGAGAAUGCUGGCUGCCAGCUGCUGACUGUACAUGGGCGCACCAAGGAGCAAAAAGGGCCUCUGUCAGGAACAGCAUCCUGGGAGCACAUCAAGGCAGUGCGGAAGGCUGUGGGCAUUCCUGUAUUUGCCAAUGGGAACAUCCAGUGCUUGCAGGAUGUGGAGCAGUGUAUCCAAGACACGGGUGUGCAGGGGGUCAUGAGUGCAGAGGGCAACCUAUACAACCCUGCCCUGUUUGAGGGACGGAGCCCUGCUGUAUGGGAGCUAGCUGAGGAGUACCUAGACAUUGUGCGGCAGCACCCUUGCCCACUGUCCUAUGUCCGUGCUCACCUCUUCAAGCUGUGGCACCACACGCUGCAGGUGCACCAGCAGCUUCGAGAGGAGCUGGCCAAAGUGAAGACCCUGGAGGGCGUGACUGCCGUGAGCCAGGCGCUAAAGCUGCGGUGUCAGGAGGACAUUUCCAGACAGCAAGAGGAAACAAGGCCAGCUGGCAAUCUGCCUUCCUUCCAUUGGAUCUGCCAACCCUAUGUCCGGCGAGGGCCUAGAGAAGGGAGCAAAGAAAAUGGUGGCUGCAGCAAGCGGGCACUGGAGGAGGAGGAAGGUAGCACCGAUGGCCUAUCUAAGAAUAAGCAGAAGAAGCAGCUGAGGAACCCUGGGAAGACUUUUGACCCCUCCCUGAAACCAAAAUAUGCAAAGUGCGACCAAUGUGGAAAUCCAAAGGGAAACAAGUGUGUGUUCAACCUGUGCCGUGGCUGCUGCAAGAAGCGAGCCUUCAGGGAAACAGCAGACUGCCCAGGUCAUGGACUGCUCUUUAAAACCAAAUUAGAGAAGUCUCUGGCAUGGAAGGGGACUCAGCCUGGACUGCAGGAGCCUCAGCAAGUAGGGCCUGGAGCACCAGGUGGCUUCUCUGAAGUGAUGGGCAGUGCUCUGGCCUAAAAGGCCAGUGGGAGCCACCUCAUCCCAGACAGCUGCUGAAGCCUGGACACUUAAGGAAAUGCCUUUACUCAGGGAAUCUCCUGCUAUUUGACAUAAAAGGACAAGCUGGUGACUUCCCCUGGCCCAGGCUGGGGCCAGCAAUGUUGCACCAGGGGUGCCCAGGCUGGACCUGCUCUGUCCCCAAAACUUAUGUUUCUAAAAGUAAACAAUAAAUUGUUCUAGAGAUGCA